UCUCCAACACUGGAUAGAGACCAGAUGAUUGGCCUCGCAAUAAUGUAAAAACAACAUAAUAAUUAAUUUCCAAAUAAUCCAAAUUCCAAAUUCCUUGCACUACGAACCGCCGUGCGUGUGUGUGUCGCUGUGAUAGUGUCCGCGGAUUUUCGUGUUUCGCCCCGCGUCCGAACAACUGCAACCGAGAAAUAGGCAGGAGAAAAGAAGGAAAAACCCCCGAAACUGAAAAUCGAGUGAAAGUUUUUCACGUCUUUGUUUUGUAAUUAUUGUGAUUUUCCUGCCUGCCAGCCCGCAUUACUGGCAAUAUUGGAUCGACAUUGAGGGCCAUAACGACGCUGCUGCGGGCGCGGGUGGCUGCUGACGGCGAUUAUAGCGAUAUAUAGCUAUUACAGCGCUCGCGGGCCGAUUUCUUGGCCCUAUUGUGAUUGUGACAGCGCCAGUGUUAUAUAUUUAAAUCGACUCGAUUCGUCGCGUUUUCUGGGACUGCUGCAAAAGGCCUUGCGAAUUUCUGCGCCAGAGCAACUGCAUCGGCUGGCUCCGCGCACAAAACGAUGUGCGAUACCAAAGACGAUGCGCAGAAAUGGAAAUGUGAAAUUUGCACCUACGAGAACUACCCAUCCUCGCUGAAAUGCACCAUGUGCCAGGCGUCGAAGCCGCUGCUCAACGAGGACAUCUUUCGCCUGAGUCCCGCCCAGGAGAGCAGCUGCGUGGCGGAGGAGGCCGCCGCCGUAGAACCGCCCACACCCUCGUCCACGUGCUACUCGCUCCAGCCGCCGAACCAGGCGCGUCAGAGCAACGUGGCGGACAGCGAAAAGUGGCCCUGCAAGGUGUGCACCUAUCUCAACUGGCCGCGCAGCCUGCGCUGCAUCCAGUGCUGCACGAAGCGCGGCGGCGAGGCCAUCGAGCGGGGCAACAGGGACAAGGAUAACGAGGCUGGCGAGGCGCUGCAGGCUCUGCGCAUCAGCGGAUCGGAUGAGAACCUGGCCAAGAAGCCGGCCCAGCUCAUCGGGGCCACGGCCUCCAAUCGCUUGAGUUUGGAGUCCGGCAUCGAUGAUGCCACGCACCUGAACAAUCUCGCCAAUGCAUCCCACAACCGACAGCCUGUCCACCAGCAGCAGAUGCAGAUGCAGCUCCAGCUGCAGCCGCAGCAGCAGCGGGAAUCCUCCUCCUCCGCCGCCGUCCCGCAGAAGCAGUGCUAUGUGGCCAAGUGGGCGUGUAAUUCGUGCACCUAUGAAAACUGGCCGCGAAGCAUCAAGUGCUCGAUGUGCGGCAAGACGAGGGAGCGGGAGAUCAGUGGCUCGCUGAACGACUUGCAUGCCUCCUCCAGUUUAAACAGCCAGGAGGAGCAGCAACAGCAACAGCAGCAGCAAAACGUGGACACCGUCAGCGUCAACAACUCAUUCAAUAAGAAGCACAUUUACCAACUGGGUUCCUCGGAAACCAUCAACAACUGUGAUACGCUGCAGGAGCGGCAGGAGCGCCGCCAGCGUCAAAUCCGUCGCCAGGUGGACUGGCAGUGGCUAAACGCCUGCCUGGGCGUCGUGGAGAACAACUACAGCGCCGUGGAGGCGUACCUCUCCUGCGGCGGUAAUCCCGCCCGCUCGCUGACCAGCACCGAGAUCGCCGCUUUAAACCGCAACUCGGCCUUCGAUGUGGGCCACACCCUGAUCCAUUUGGCCAUUCGUUUCCAUCGCGAGGAAAUGCUACCCAUGCUGCUGGCCCAGAUCUCCGGCUCGGGUCCGGGCAUCAAGCGUGUGCCGUCCUACGUGGCUCCCGAUUUAGCAGCCGAUAUCCGGCGCCACUUUGCCAACACCCUGCGACUGCGCAAGUCCGGCCUGCCCUGCCACUAUGUGCAGAAGCACGCCACCUUCGCCCUGCCCGCCGAGAUAGAGGAGCUGCCCAUUCCCAUACAGGAGCAGCUCUACGACGAGCUGCUCGAUCGCGACGCCCAGAAGCAGCUGGAGACGCCGCCGCCGGCUCUCAAUUGGUCGCUGGAGAUCACCGCUCGUCUCAGCUCGCGGAUGUUCGUCCUGUGGAACCGCAGCGCCGGCGACUGCCUCCUCGACUCGGCCAUGCAGGCCACCUGGGGCGUCUUCGAUCGCGACAAUAUCCUGCGGCGGGCACUCGCCGACACACUGCACCAGUGCGGUCACGUUUUCUUUACUCGCUGGAAAGAGUAUGAGAUGCUGCAAGCUUCAAUGCUUCACUUUACCUUGGAGGACUCGCAAUUCGAGGAGGAUUGGAGUACCCUGCUGUCGCUGGCCAGCCAACCAGGUUCGUCCCUGGAGCAGCUGCACAUCUUUGCGCUGGCGCACAUUCUUCGACGACCGAUCAUCGUAUACGGCGUGAAGUACGUUAAGAGCUUUCGGGGCGAGGACAUUGGAUAUGCGCGUUUUGAAGGUGUCUAUUUGCCUUUGUUCUGGGAUCAAAACUUCUGCACCAAGUCACCGAUAGCACUCGGCUAUACGCGCGGCCAUUUCAGCGCCCUGGUGCCCAUGGAACCAUUCACUCGCAUCGAUGGACGACGCGACGACGUGGAGGAUGUGACCUACCUGCCGCUGAUGGACUGCGAGCUGAAACUAUUGCCCAUACAUUUUCUCACACAGUCCGAGGUGGGCAACGAGGAGUCAAUGAUGCGCCAAUGGCUGGACGUGUGCGUAACCGAUGGAGGACUACUGGUGGCGCAACAGAAGCUCAGCAAACGUCCCUUGCUGGUCGCCCAGAUGCUGGAAGAGUGGCUGAAUCACUACCGCCGCAUUGCACAAGUGAUAACGGCGCCCUUCAUUCGUCGCCCCCAGAUCACACAUUACUCCAGUGAUGGCGACUCGGAUGAGGAGUAGAUUACCCAGUUUCAGAUUAGAUAUCUGCGCAUAUUAUUGAAUAUCCUUAUUUUAUACUUUUGGCGAUCGGUAGCAGAUGUUGAGACGAGGGGAACAUGUGCAGAUCAUCCUACACACUUGCACUCGCAGUUAGCUAAAGGAAACUAUAUAGAGAAUACAUAUGCAUAUAUGCAAGCAGUUGAAAAGUUGUAGUUGUAACUAAAUUGAAAGCAAACUAAAGGUUAAGCAGCAAAGUACGAAAAUAGAUCGAUCGACAUAUGUAUAUCAUAUCCGUUCCCAAUUCAACGUUCGUUGAUUUUAGUCAAAUUUAUUCACACUGGGUCGUCCGUCGAGGCAUUGUAGACCGUAUAGUAACGAAAUUGAAGCUAAACACUGGUAGAUCUAAUUACACUCACAUCUGAAACAAUCCAUUAAGUGAAUACGUGGCCGAAAGGCAGAAGAGAAUAUACAAUGUACGCGCUAGUUAAUGUGAAUAACCACGAAUCCCUCGACUGCGGGCUUAAAUUAUUACAAAUCUCAAUGUACUAUUAAAUUUUAAAUGGGUGGCAAUUACAGAACAUAAUUAUGCUGCGGGUGAAUAUGGAGGCGUCAUUGAAAUGUUUAUUGAUAGUUUUUAAAACACUUUUUGGAAUUAUUAUGAAUCAUUACACAUUCAUGCCUAUAAAUAUAAUAUAUAUAAUUAUAUAACAUAUAUAGAAAUCCUAUGGUUCUAGAAAGUUGAACAAAGGGCCAAUAACAUAAUGAAUUUUAUUCUAACUGUAUUAUAAAUGGAAUUUUAUCUCAUUAUUAUUUUUGUUAGUAAUGUUAUUACAAUUAUUAUUAUUACUACCUUCUAAGAAAGCUUAUUGUGCAAAUGUACACGCAAAACGCAUAAAAAAGAAAUCACUUAUUUAAAUAAAAGUUUUAAGUAAAGAUUCAAACGGAAACGAA